UUAUCCUCUCUGUGAAUCAAAAGGCAGAGACAUGUUGUAGGAGGAGGAGUCUCUAAUCACCUCACACACCUAAACACCACUCAUCAUUCUUAAGUGAAGGGGGGACAGGCUGAAAACAAUACUUAGUAUGCAAAUGAUUGAUGUACUAGUUAGACAGGACUGCCUGCAGGAAGGCAAACACUCUCCAGUGAUGUCCACACUUCCUUCAGCCUUUAACACAUAGAGCCAGCACAGAUAUAAGAGAUGGCAACAGAGACUAAAGCAGGGCCAAUGCGUGUCCUGGUGACCGGUGGAUCGGGAUUAGUGGGCAAAGCCAUUGAGCAUGUUGUGCAGCAGGAAGUCGCAAAACUGGAGGGAGAAGAAUGGAUUUUUCUCUCCUCUAAAGAUGCUGAUCUUGUAGAUAUUGGGCAAACCAGGGCUGUGUUUGAGAAGUACCGUCCCACUCAUGUCAUCCACCUGGCUGCCAAAGUCGGAGGACUCUAUCUACACAUGAGGGAGAACCUGCACUUUCUGAGGGACAACAUCAAAAUCAAUGACAAUGUACUACAAACGGCUCACGAGAUGGGUGUCACCAAGGUGGUGUCUUGCCUGUCCAGUUGCAUUUUCCCUGACAAAACCACAUACCCCAUUGAUGAGACCAUGAUCCACAAUGGACCUCCUCAUGACUCCAAUUUCGGGUACUCCCAUGCUAAAAGGAUGAUUGAUGUUCAGAACAGGGCAUACUUUCAGCAGUAUGGUCGUCGCUACACAGCAGUCAUCCCCACCAAUGUGUUUGGCCCCUAUGACAACUUCAGCAUAGACAAUGGUCACGUGCUGUCAGCACUUGUGAACAAGACAUACAAGGCCAAAAAGGAAGGAACUCCUCUGACUGUUUGUGGCUCCGGAGGUCCUAGAAGACAGUUUAUCUACUCUCUGGAUUUGGGUCGUCUAAUCCUUUGGGUCCUGAGAGAAUAUGAAGAAAUUGACCCCAUUAUCCUCUCUGUGGGUGAAGAGGAUGAAAUCUCAAUCAAAGAGGCCGUGGACAUGAUUGCAAAGGCUCUGGACUUCACGGGCAAAAUAAAUUUUGACACCACCCUGUCAGAUGGCCAGAUGAAGAAGACAGCCAGCAAUGCCAAGCUAAGACGCUAUCUCCCCGAAUUCACCUUUACACCCCUUAAAGAAGCUAUGAAGAUGACCUGCGACUGGUUCGUGGAAAACUACGACACUGCCCGACAGUGACCGAACACUAAGCUGAAAAUUAACACUAUUCUUUGAUUUUGGUGUCAAGCAAGUUGUCAUCGCUGUGCAACAUCGGUUUAUUCAGUGCCACAUUAAAUAAUGCUGAACAUAUUCUUGACUGUAUUUGAGCCUCUUCAGCUUUUAAUCUCUAAAGAAUUUCACAUUGAGGUAAUAUUAGAGGGGUAAUUUAGCUACACUUAUCUUAAUUAAACCGUAAUCUAAUAGUCAAAAAAGUCAGAAACAGGGGACUUAUCAUGAUCCCAACACUCCCAUAAUAAUCUCUCACUCCCUCAUAUGCAAAUAUGGAGUAUCUAUCAAAACACAGCACAAACGGCUGAACACCCCUCUUCCUUAGGAUGCAAGAGAUGUGUUUUUUUUGUGUGUGCGCUUCAAUUAAAUUUUUUUUUUUAAAACAUCUGUUUAUAAAACCUUAUUUCAUAUUUGAAGAUUGCUUAUUUUAACCUUUUUCAGUUUUCUGUUAAGCAUCUUUAUCAAAUGUUUUUUCUGUAUUAAAUUUCCAUACACUAAUAUGUGUAUAACAAAUUAUCAAAAAGCCAAGACAGCAUGUUGCCGUAU